AUGUCUAAAUCUAUUGCCCUGCUUGCCGCCAAAAAACUUAAUGACAAAAAUUACACACAAUGGAAAACGAACCUUAACACGAUACUCGUGGUAGAUGAUCUUAGGUUCGUCUUAACUGAGAAGUGUCCUCAAGCUCCCACGUCUAAUGCAGCCCGAGCCAGUCAGGAUGCCUAUGACAGAUGGAUCAAGGCCAAUGACAAGGCUAAGAUCUACAUCUUGGCAACCAUAUCUAAUGUAUUGGCCAAGAAGCAUAAGAGCAUGGUCACUGCAAGGGAGAUCAUGGACUCGUUGCAGGACAUGUUUGGACAGCCGUCCAUUCAAGCUCGACACGAUGCCCUCAAGUUCAUUUACAAUUCCCGCAUGAAAGAGUAA